AUGGCUUAUACCAGUCCCCCCGCGCUACCCCUGGAGCUCUGGGGCUGCAUUGAGUCACAUCUAUCCAAUGCCGACAUCAAAUCUUUGCGUCUGACAUGCAAGCAAUUCAUCCAUGCAGUGUCUCUUCGAUUCAAUCGUGUUUUCUUAUCCGCCAACCCCCUCAACAUAGAGGUCUUCCGCAACAUUGCAUCACACGACAAGUACCGCCAUCAGGUCAACGAGAUUAUAUGGGAUGAGGCGCGCUUGCAUCGGGGUCCAGCACGAGUGGAACACGAUGAUGGACAUGAAUUGCUCUCGGACGAGGAUGAACCGGAUAAUCACAGAGAAUGGGCUGCGGAAUACUCUACUCAACGCAAAGAGGGCAUCAUCAAGCUCCAUGAGUAUGAAGAGGGAGAUGGGUGUCCGAAAUGGUUCAAAAACGCUUGUGAAGAAACCCUUUACUCUCUGAAAUGCCGGAAAGAUCGUGAUUUGGACAGGCCUGACCAUAUCCCGCGCAGAGAACAGGUUCUCGCUCACCCUUCGCUGAAGGAGCACUGGCAACAUUAUCAGCAGUUGCUGCGUCAACAGAAGGAUGUUCUUGCCAGUCAGAGUGAUCUGGAAGCGUUCGCGUUCGGCGUUAAGCAGCUUCCUGCCCUAAAGAGAGUCACCAUCACACCCGCUGCCCACGGCAACCUCAUCACCCCGCUUUACCAGACCCCUAUGAUCCGUGCUUUCCCGGAAAAUUUUAAUUACCCCAUUCCUCGUGGUUGGCUGCACUCUAGAGCCACUUAUUAUCGGGACGCUAUUGAGGCUAUUCCAUAUCCAUGGACUCAUUACCCAGAACUUAAAGAUCGGUACCGCGGGUUCAGCACGGCAAUGCGUGUCCUCGCCAACGAACCCAACUCUGUUUCCGGUGUAGUGGAUAGUGGUGGUCUGGUUGAUAUGGGUAGCGACGAAGUCAUCGUAGCGGGAUCGGGCACCAGGGGCCUGCUCCGGGGGAGUGAGCGAAGGCAGCUUCUGCAAGCAUAG